AUGAGGGAGAAUGGAAGAAGAAGAACAUACGCAGACCUUGUCAUUCACGGUAGCUUGGAGCCACAACCAGUAGAAUCGGAGGACUCUAAUGAGGAUAAGGUCAAAAAGCUUCAAGAUGGCACCUUCAGCAUCCAUGUUAACAAAACUGAGAAGAAAAUAUUGGAGAAGCCUUGGAAGCAGGCGCUCAUUAUCAAGCUUCUAGGGAGAAGGAUUAGUUAUAGAGUCCUCAAAAGGAAAUUGGAUACCAUGUGGGCCAAAAUAGGAGGUAUGGUCUUAAUAGACCUUGGAAAUGAAUACUUUGUUGCCAGGCUGUACAAUGAAGAUGACUAUUGGCAUGUCAUAAAGGGAAUGUCGUGGCUCCUUUUCGACCACUACCUCACUAUCCGGCAAUGGACACUAGAUUUCUAUCCCUUUGGAGUGGCCAUCAAUAAAAUCGCAACAUGGGUAUGCCUCCCAGAUAUCCCUAUUAAAUACUAUGAUAAGCAGUUCCUAGGUACAAUUGGGGAUCAAAUUGAAAAUACAUUGAAAGUGGACAUGUAUACUGCUAGUUAG